AUGCUAACAGGCGCAAUACCAUUGGAACAACCAUCAGAUGAUAAUGAUGAAUAUCAACAUUGGUUGCACAAUGAUUAUGAUCAUGAUCAUAAUCUAUGGGAAAAGAUUGAUUCUGUAAUAAUAAAUCUUCUUCGUCAAAUUUUAAUAGAUGAUCCAUUGAAACGUGCAAAAGUUAAUGAUAUUAAAAAUCAUAUAUGGAUGUCAAAAAAUUAUCGACGACAAGAAAAAAUAUCUUUUUUUAAUAAAUCUAUUGAAGAAAAACCAAAAAUUAAACAAGAAAAAGUUUUAUGUCUUGUAUCAUGUGGUAUAGGUUUUCCACAUUUACUACAUCGUUUAGCAAAUAAUUCAUCAUUACAAGCAACACAAAAAAAUUAUAAGUGUUCAAUUUGUUCUACUUCGUAUCUUUUAUUCACUAUCAAAGAUUCAUUUCAAAAAAAAAUGCCAACUAUCAUUGGUUCAUAA